AAUGUCAUACGAAUUAAUGUUUUCCGAUCAAUUUUCUUACGUGAAGUUCAAAGAAUGUGCAGAAAAUAGUGAAAAACUUGCAGUUUAGUGGCACCUUCUGUGUAUUUAACGUAUCCUUUUCGUAAAAGAGUGUCCCAGUAAUGUUCGGCCGCUCAAAUUCUGGUGGCCGAGGUCAAAAUGUGUCGAACAUCACGGGUCGUUCAGCCGGCGGUGGGACGGCUUCAAUAAUGGCAGCCAUGUUACCGAUGGCACCAGUGAAAAAUUAUCAAACAUCGGGUUCGGAAGCUGGGCCGAGUGGAGCCCUCGUCGAAGGAGAGUGGAGCUCUCUGAAUCCUAGUCUGUACCAGAACAUGUCCAACGAUCAGGUAGAUUGGGCCGCUCUUGCUCAACAAUGGAUUCAGAUGAAGGAAACCCUACCUGCGAAUAUGGUUCCCGCAGCUCCACCUCCACCCAUCAUAUCGGAUAACUAUGGUUCGAAUAGCAGGGAAUCGAUUUCCGAUGGUGUACGGUCAGGGACCAUCGAUGAACAAGGUGAAGCACCGAUGGAAGUGGAGCGUGAUGAGGAUCAUACUGCUAUUAGUAAUCAACAGCAUCAGCAGGCCCAUGUUUGGGACAACGGAGCGGCUCCUUGGCAGUACACUGCUGCCACCGAAUGGCAAAAUCCCGCGUGGGAGGCUGCAUGGUCAACGGAACCUGUGAACAAUGCAUCCAAAAAAUCAAGCUACGAAACUAUCACGGUAAAUCCAAAUGCGUCUCUGGCUGUGGCUAAUUGGCAAGCAAAAAUGGCUCGAAUUUAUAAAAUAGGUGAAUCGAGCAGUCCCGGCGAGAUUGCAGGAACAGUACAACCGGUGAGCCAACAUUCUCAAGAACAGCCGAGCGCACCGAAAAGAAUUCCAGGUCUGAUGGAUCAAGUGAUCAAUCUGGACCAGGAACAAACGAAUGAUACCGAUCUGGAUGAGGAUACGACGCAGACCAUGACCGAUGCCAAACGGAAAUUGCUUCCUGCGUGGAUUCGUGAAGGACUGGAAAAGAUGGAACGAGAGAAGCAACGGCAAGAGGAGAAAGAAAAAGAAAUGCGUCUACGCGAGCAAAUGCUCGCUCAACGGAGACAGGUGGAACUGGAAGCGUUGACCGAGUUGGAAAAUGCACGGAAGAAAAGCAAAUUUGAAUCAGAUUCGGACGAUGAGGAGGAGGAGGAGGCUAGAGGUGGGGAUACGUUUGCUGACAAUCAGCAUCGGGAAGCAAGCCCAGUGCCACACCGCUCACGAGAGGAAAUUCUUCAAGAACUUAUGGUAUCCGUGCGCAGAAAUUUGACAGAAAUACUACUUGAAGUUACAAACGAAGAAAUCGCUCUCGUGGCAAAAGAAACCCUGGCAAAAGCCUGUCGAAAAGCACCAACAGCUCAAGCUCUACGUAAGACCGGUUUCGCUGCGCUCACUGGUGGACUCGGUCUCGGUAUUUACGGUGACAGUGAUGAGGAAGAUGAGAGUGAAUCUGAUAAUGGACCGAAUGAUGGUGCUGGCAGCGAUACCGAUGACGAGGAAGCGGAGAGAAACUUAAGAAACACGAUCAAGCUGCGACAGAAAGAGUUUGAGUGGACAGCUAGGGAGAUAGAGGAUCAAUUGGCACAGGAAGAGGCUCGUGAGGAACGUAAACGACGGGAAUACGAACAGGUGCAAAAGGAGCAGCAACAACAGGAACAUCAGCAGCGGGGCAAGGAUAGCGACGACGACGACUAUGCCACUGGAAGUGGCCGGACUUCGGCGCCGAACUCCGCUACCGGUAACGUACACGGGGGUAAAUUCGGACCCAGAGAUGGUGAGACCCAGCCUGUUAAUGAUAAAAUAUAUGCCUACAAGCUCGGACGGCAACGGGACAAAAGAAUUUCACGGUUCAGCGACCCGAAGGACACAGUCCGCCAGACGCACAUCACUCACGUAGCGAUUGUGAACCAUAAACCGGGAGAGAUUGUACAGCCAUUAUCUGUACCGAAAGUUACCCCGCCCGUGCAAACGCCAAGCACCGGUACAGUGGCAGCUUCAGCAGUAAACCCCUCAACAGCCACCCCACUUUUCCCCGCAGCCAUUGCGGCAGCGAUGCAUUUAGAACAGUAUCGACGUGAAAAUAGCAUCACGUCCGAAGCACCAUCCAAUGCAUCCAGUAGUCGAGCUUCGUCGUCGCAUCGGAGUGAUCGCGGUGGUAAUAGUAGCAAAUCUUCGCACAAGUCUCAUAAAAGCAAGAAACACAAACGCUCCCGAUACAGCCAUAGUGGCGACGAAGAAGAUUACUAUGACGAAGACCGUGACGAUGAUGGUUACUCGCAGCAUUCACGGCGUUCGCACAGCUCCGAACGUAGUAGUUACUCGCGUCAUCGAAGAUCAUAUUCGCGUGAUUCCCGAGAUGAUGACCGAGAUCGCAAGUACUCGUACAGAUCGAGGGAUCGCUCCCGGUCCCGGGAUCGGUAUCGCUCAUCUAGACGCUCUAGGAGUCGAUCUCGGUCAUCAUCGAGGCGAAGACAUUAAACAUUAGACAAGUUGGCGAUAGUUGCUAUUUGUGACUAGCAAUCGUGUCUACCCGCUUCCACUGUAAUUCGGUUUUGCUGCUUAACUUAUCGUGAAAAUAGUUCGCCACCAUUGGGAGCUAUCGAGUUGGUUUCAUUUUGCAAAACCAAUAAUAGAUAGUCGGAAAUGGGUUUAUAUAACGCAUUCACAAUAUAAGUUUGUAUUAUUCCCAUCCGAAUAUACUAUAAAAUAAAUUGAUCAUUUCUAAGUGAACACUUUCUAAGGAACAGAAAAAAAUGGUAGUACAAGUGCAAGAGAUGCAACGAAAGCUUAUAGAAUAGCACCCAUCCAUUGAUUGGUCUAGUAGACAUAUGACAAAAUCAGUUUUUCGAUACGACUUUUAUGAAUUAUGGGCUUUUGUUAUAUGCACCGGUGAUUCUGUGGCAAGAGCUCAACUUAAUAUCAGACAGGCAGAAAAAUAAAACAAGCAGAUUGGCGUUCUCAGCCCGAAGUCAUCUAAACCGCUCCCCUACCCGAAAAUUAUCAAAUCUCUACAACUUUGACAAGAAAUAAUUGGACACCAAUUUUCACAUCCGCGCCCAGGCAUGUGAUAAUGGUGUUCAAGCACAAAGUUUUACGGAUUUAGUGCUUCGAUGAAUGGGUGAAACCCAAUUUAGCCUAGCGUGCUCCCCAUUUGCAUGAUUCACACCAAACACGUUCAAUGAAUACAGUUUUUCAUCGAUCUAGCACAUUGGAA